UGCGCUUCCACACUGGUGCCCCAGUAAGCCGUAGGCGGGGCGGGGCGGCGGCGCGCGGGCUCCGCCUCUCCCCGUGUGGCCGACGGCGGCGGCGAUGAGGGCGGCCUCCGGCGGGAGGGAGCCGUCGUCGUCGUCCGCGGCGGUCGUCGCGCUGCGGGCGCUGCUGAUCGCGACCGCCUGCGGCCUCGUCUUCGCGCUGCUCAACCUCCCCGACGGCCGCGCCGGCUCCGCGCCCCCCGGUGGGGAGCGCGGCGCGGGUGCGGGAGGCGGGGCCCGCCUGUCGGUGGAGCAGGGGCUGAUCCGGGAGGCCAGGAGGCUCAACACUAUCGCCGAAGAGAUAGAUGGGCAAAGCGAUGAAAGUGCUGCUGAAGAAGAUGAAAGAAUUUCAAAAUCUCCCCCGGACACUAAAGAGAAGAUAUGGAUGAUGCAAGAUCAGCUAAUUAUGGCCAAGGCGUACUUGCAUUUCGCUUCUCCCCAAGGCAGUGCACAUUUAGUUCGAGAGCUGAAAUCGAGGAUAAAAGAGAUCGAGAGGGCAAUAAGCCACUCAAGUGGAGGUUCCCAUAUACCUGGGAGUGCAUUGCAGAAAAUGAAGGCCAUGGAACAGACCCUUUCCAAGGCUCAGAGGACCUAUCCACGUUGCUCUCAGAUGACAUCAAAGCUACGUGCAAUGGCACACAACAGUGAAGAAUUAGUAAGAGCACACCGAAGUGAAUCUUCAUUCCUUGAGCAGGUUGCUGUGAGGACAUUACCCAAAGGCCAUCACUGCCUAGCAAUGCGACUUACCACAGAGUACUUUUCGUUAGAUCCUAAGGAACGUCAAUUCCCUAAAAGAGACAGCAGGCAGUUAGAUGGCUAUUAUCAUUAUGCGAUAUUCUCAGACAAUGUACUUGCAAGCGCUGUGGUUGUCAACUCUACAAUUGCUCAAUCAAAGGAUCCUGGAAGGAUAAUGUUACAUAUUGUAACUGAUGCAUUGAAUUGUCCUGCAAUGAUGAUGUGGUUUCUGACAAACCCACCAACUCCAGCAGCAGUAGAAGUUGAAAGCCUGGAUGAUUUCAAAUGGUUGCCUGGUGAUUUCAGUUCUAGAUUUAAGCUGAAGGGUGUUCGAGAUCCAAGAUACACUUCUGCACUUAACCACUUGCGUUUUUAUUUGCCGGAAGUGUUUCCCUCUUUGAGCAAGGUUCUACUCUUGGACCAUGAUGUGGUAAUCCAGACAGAUUUGAGUGAAUUAUGGGGCAUAGAUAUGAAGGGUAAAGUAAUUGGUGCUGUUGAAACAUGCUCUUCAGGUGAAGGUUACCAUCGAUUGGAUAACCUUGUUGAUUUUUCUAAUCCAACUAUCGUCAACAAAUUUGAUGCCAAGGCUUGUAUCUUUGCUUUUGGAAUGAACAUAUUUGACCUGAAUGAAUGGCGCAAGCAGGGUUUAACUGCAACUUAUCAUACAUGGUUUCAAGUGGGCAAAAGGCAGAGGUUAUGGAAGGCAGGAAGCCUGCCACUGGGCCAACUCGUCUUCUACAACCAAACACUGCCUCUCGACCGCCGAUGGCAUGUUCUCGGGCUUGGCCAUGAUUUUAGCAUUGGAAGAGACGAGCUUGAGAAUGCCUAUGUCAUCCACUACAGUGGGAAAUUCAAACCCUGGCUGGAAAUCUCCAUCCCAAAGUACAGAGACAACUGGAAUAGACACCUUAACUACGAUAAUGCAUACUUGCAGCAGUGUAACAUCCACGGAUAGAGGUGAUGGGGGUAGAGGAUUCACGGAGUACAACAUGGAUACACAGUUUUGCUCUAUAGUGCUUAUUAGCAAGCUGAUCUUAUUCUUUUUUUCCCUUCUGUUUCUAGAUGCGCUGUUCUGUAUUUAGGUGUAUUCUUUUAAAAAAAAAUAGUAGCCCCAAUCUGUGCAAAAGUGACAGAAUCACAAAAUCGAAUAAAAGGGCUACAAUUUCACAAAUGAUUAUGUAAGUUAUGGAGAAAGAACAAUUAGUAGCUGGCAUUUCUGAUUAUUCCCCUGUUUCCCUUGUUACCCCGGUUGAGU